GUGAGGCACGACGACGAGCUGACCGUGUUUAUCUACAGGAAAUAAAUCAGAGAGAGGGAGUGAAAAUAGUGCAUUAACCGGCUUGUUUCGUCGUGUUUUUGUGAGUGUUUUCCCGGAGCCUCGUUUGUAAAGACCCGAGGGGCCACGCCAAAAAAGUGUUAAUUCGUGUUUUUGGAGGUGUGAGGCUCGAGACUCCGCACAGAAUGACCAUUGACUGGCCCGAUCUGCUUGUGCUUCGCGGGCAUUAGGUUUAAGGAACUAAAACCACCUCCGUUGACUGGUAAAAGAAACGCCGCAGAUUUACCUUCGAGGGACUUGGGGGUGAAAAGGAGGAAAUAAUGGCAUUACUGGCCAUCCGGAUGCUUGUGCUGGUGUUAUGGAUAGGGGUUCAAUCUGCUGCUGCGGGAGAGGGACAGUCUACUCCGGCCACAUGCUCGCCACUGUGCCGCUGCGAUGAGGACGGAGGUGCGGACUGCUCUGGACGAGGACUGACCACCGUCCCCAUCGGCCUCAGCGCUUUCACUUACUACCUGGACAUCAGUAUGAACAACAUCACUGAGCUGCCUGCAAAUGUCUUCAGAAACCUGCCCUAUCUGGAAGAACUACGUUUGGCUGGUAAUGACCUUGCUUUCAUCCACCCAGAGGCUCUGUCUGGCCUCCAUCAGCUUAAAGUCUUGAUGCUUCAGAAUAAUCAGUUGAAGACUGUUCCCAGUGCAGCUCUCAGGAAUCUCCAUGCCCUGCAGUCUUUGCGGUUGGAUGCUAACCACAUCACGUCGGUGCCUGAGGACAGUUUUGAGGGUCUGCAGCAGCUCCGGCAUCUCUGGCUAGAUGACAACAGUCUGACUGAGGUUCCUGUCAGCCCCCUACAGCACCAGAGCAACCUUCAGGCCCUGACGCUGGCCCUCAACCGGAUCACACAAAUCCCAGACAACGCCUUCGCCAACCUCUCCAGUCUGGUUGUACUGCAUCUACACAAUAAUCGGAUCCAGGAGAUUGGGAAGAACUGUUUUAAUGGACUGGACAACCUGGAGACAUUGGAUCUAAACUUCAACAAUCUGAAGACCUUUCCAGAGGCUAUUCAGACUCUGCCCAAGCUGAAAGAACUUGGAUUUCAUAGCAACAACAUUGCAUCCAUCCCUGAGGGAGCUUUCCAUAAGAAUUUACUGUUACGCACAAUCCAUCUCUUCGACAACCCGCUCUCCUUCGUGGGAACUUCUGCUUUCCAGAACCUGUCAGACCUGCACUCUCUAAUGCUGCGUGGUGCCAGUAUGAUGCAGGAUUUCCCCAGCCUUACUGGAACAGCAAAUCUGGAAAGCCUGACUUUAACAGGGACUAAAAUCCAAAGCAUACCAGCAAACUUAUGUGAGAACUUGACUGUGCUGUGUACACUAGAUCUGUCCUACAAUGAAAUCGAAGACCUGCUGUCCUUUCAGGGCUGUGCUAGACUGCAGGACAUAAGUCUACAGCAUAACCAAAUUCAGCAGAUAGACAGAGGCACUUUCCAGGGCAUGACCAGCCUUAGAGUGCUAGACCUGAGCAGAAAUCAGAUCAAGUUCAUCCACAGAGAUGCCUUCCUUUCUCUCAGCGCUCUCACCAACCUGGAUCUGAGCCUGAACUCCCUAGUCAGCGUUCCCACUGCAGGACUUAGUGCACUGAACCAGCUCAAGCUGACUGGAAACGUGGAGCUAAGGAACAGCCUGAUGGCUAAGAGUCUGCCUAAACUCAGGUCUAUAACGGUUCCCUAUGCUUAUCAGUGUUGUGCUUUUAUGGCUUGUGACAGUGCAGUUAGCCCAGCUGAUGAAGACGAGAGGAGAAGUGCAUUUGGUGGUGAGGAGGACAUGGAAAGGACACCUCUGGUCAUGCACUGCUCACCUUCACCUGGGGCAUUUAAACCCUGUGAGCACUUGUUGGGUAGCUGGAUGAUAAGAUUGACCGUGUGGUUUAUCUGCCUGGUUGCUCUGCUCUUCAACUGCUUGGUCCUUGCAGCCACCACCUCCCCACGCACAUCCCCUCUCUCCUCAACCCGCCUCCUUGUGGCCCUCCUGGCCUCCGCCAACCUGCUCACAGGGGUUUACGUGGCAGCACUGACGCUCCUGGAUGCUGCCACCUGGGGCUCAUUUGCAGAGUACGGCGUGUGGUGGGAAACAGGCGCCGGGUGUCAGUUGUUGAGCUUCCUUGCUGUGUUCUCCUCAGAGUGGGCUGUGCUGCUGCUGGCAUUAGCUGCGUUGGAGCGUUGCUUGGCUGUAAGGGCUCUCAUGGGAAAAGCCGGAGCUCUGAGGUCCAGUGGCGAAAGAAGGGAAGGACGAAGGAGGAUCGGUAUUACAGCGCUGCUGCUUGGAUUAGUAGCUGUUGCAGCGGCCUGCCUCAGUCUUUAUCAUGGAUCAGCUAUGGGCUCCCCUCUUUGCCUGCCCUUCUCUGGAGGUCCUGGGCCAGGGCUGGGCUUCACAGUGGCGCUGGUGCUGAUGAAUACACUGGCUUACCUGCUGAGCGCAGUGGUCUAUACGCGGCUAUACUGCAGGCUAGGUCGGGCCCAGCUGGCUGACCCUGAGCAGGCUGGGUCUGUGCGCCAUAUCGCCUGGCUCAUAUUCACCAACUGUAUCUUCUUCUGCCCAGUGGCCGCUUUCUCCUUUGCUCCCCUGUUGGCUGGGACCAGUAAUGCAGUGGGUGGGCCGGAGAUGGCCAAAUCAGUCACGCUCAUAUUCUUUCCUCUUUCUGCCUGCUUGAACCCAGUGCUGUAUGUCUGCUUCAGUCCCUCCUUUCGAUAUGACUGGCUCCGCCUUAGGGGGUGGGGAAGGGGUGGAGGUUGCAGUGGGCGAGUUGGUAAAGCGAUUACCAAAGGGACGGUAGCAGGGGGCUCAACGGUGUCUGAUGACGGCGAAGGCUUGUCCAGUGAGCUUGGUUACGACUGUGGAAUGUACACAAAGCUCCACGGCAACACCCAGGGAAUAUGUGAACACUGUAACGCUGCCCUUCACAUCAGGACAUCAUCUUCCUCCUCUUCUUCCGCUUCCUCAGCCUGUAGACAUUUAGUGAAGUCCCACAGCUGUCCUAUCCUGUUGGCAAACUCACCCCAGUGCCUGAACUCAGAGGGGUACUGGCCAGACACCGGGACACUUUCUGUCCAGUCAGAAUAUGGAGACGAGGGCGAUUCGUUUGUGUCGGACAGUUCGGAGCAGGUGCAAGCGUGCGGGCGAGCCUGUUUCUGUCAGAGCCGCGGCUUCCCUUUAGUACACUACUCUUACAACAUCCCCCGCAUGACAGACUGAGCUCACAGCCCCAAACACUCACUUCCUCACAGAGUCCUCCCGGGUGUGGAGUAUUCCUGCUCAGCAAGGAUAGAGAACAGGGAGAGGCUCUAGACGUGGCUGCAGCCAUGGAGACACAAACAGACGGAAGCACUUUCUCUUUUCACACUUGGGUUUGUGUUUCUGCACAUUUAUGUGCAGGUGUGAGUGUAUAAAAUGGUGUUAAGAUAGACUGAAUCCUUUAUCCAUGAAAAGGGAAUCUGACAGACUCUGAGCCAAAGGUUGUCAGCAAACAACUCUUAUUUUCUUUGUUUCCUGACCCCCUCAGCCAUGUUCAAUUGCGUUGUCACCCAGGGCUGAUUGACAGUUGAUGGACAUAGUGAGCUUUUCUCCCAUUGCCUGCCUUUCAGUUUGGUAGAGAAUAUAACUUGUUUAUUUUUAGAAAAAUAUUUUUCCCCCUGUUCUCCUUUAACAUCUGUCCUUUUAAUUUUAAAGCAGGGAUAUAUGUGCCAUUUUACACAUUUGUUAGAUACAUGUUUGUUAGGCUUCAGUGUUUUUAGUAAUGUCUUUUUUUUUUUCUUUUUCCUCGUCACGUGCAUCAUAAAGCCUGACAGUGGCAGAGGAUUCCGUUUUAUGUAGCUACGUUUUACUUAUACUGGAGUUCCAGUAAGCCAAUGAGAAUGUAAUGUAGAAACAGUACAAUUCUGUUCACAGUGUCUUGUUCCUUUUUUGAAAACCUUUCAAUCCUUUUAUUUUUCUGAAAGUGAUCCUAAAAUCACAGCCCUCUCCCUCAGUUGCCAGAGUAAGCCAGCCAUGCUAUGCCAAUACACUUCUGUCAAGUGUUAUGGAAAGUAAUAACAUUUUAUUUAUAUUUUACAAUGACAAUGGAUGUCUUGACCAGAGUUCUUCCUUAAUCACUAGUACAUUUCUACUAAUUUAUUUUAAGACAUACUGCUUUGAUGAAUGAAUGAAUGAAUGGCAAAUUACACACCUUUAUUUUACUAUUUUUCCAGAAAAGACAGACAAGAUCAUUUCCAAAUGUAUUUUGUACACUGGGUAGAGAAAAAUAAAGAAGCUUUUCUUUUCAGAUCAGGUCAGUCAUCUAGGGUCAGUCGAGAUAAUAUAAACAAGAGCUGACAUUUAUAAUGCUUUGUACCAAGGUCUGCAAUAUUCUAAAGCUGCCCUUAAAGUGAUAGUUCACCCAAAAAUGAAAAUUCUCAUGAUUCACUCGCCCUCCUGGCAUCCCAGAUGUGUAUGACUUUCCUCCUUCUGCAGAACACAAAUGAAGAUUUUUAAAAGAACAUUUUAGCUCUGUAGGUCCAAACAAUGCAAGUGAAUGGGUGCCAAAAUCUUUAAGCUCCAAAAUCAACAUAAAGGAGCAUUAAAGUAAUCCAUACUACUCCAGUGGUUAAAUCCAUAUGUUCAGAUACGAUAUAAUAUGUAUGGGUGAGAAACAACUCAAUAUUUAAGUAAUUUUUAUCAUAAAUUCUUCUCCCUGCACAGUAGGGGGUGAUAUGCACGAAGAAUGUAAAUCACCAAAAGCAGCAGGAGGAGGAGAAAGUGAAAGUGAAGGAAAAAGGACUUAAAUGUUGCUCUGUUUCACACCCACUUCUAUCAUAUAAUUUUAGAAGAUGUGGUCUGUAGUACUUUUAUGUUGCUCUUAUCUGGAUUUUGGAGCUUUGAAGUGUACCUAUAGAACUGAAAUAUUCUUCUAAAAAUCUUAAUUUAUGUUCUGCAAAAGAAAGAAUGUCAUACACAUCUGGGAUGACAUGAGGGUGCGUAAACGAUAAGAUAAUUUUUUAUUUUUGGGUGAACCCUUAAGAAAAGCAGAUUUUCUCUAUACUUUUAAUUUUUGAUCAGCUGUACUCUUUUAUGUUGAAGGUGACACUAAGCUAUGUCAGGUGUGGUGGAGAAGAGGACCGAAGUGCGUUUUUGAGUUCAGACAUGUAGAACAUUUAACCAUAAUGAUUCCAUUGUACACAUUUGUCCAUGUAUUUUCAGGCAUUCAAGGGAAAUGAAAUGUUGAAUGUGCAUUUGUUUGCCUAUGAUAUGGAAUGUCAACAUGUUCCUUUGGACUUCUUUUAUGUUUCAAAUGAAUGCCAGUUAUAUAAGCUCUGGCAUCAACUUGACAAAUUUAAAGAAGGCUUGCAGGUCGUAGCUAUAAGAGCCGACAUAAUUCCAAAUCAUUAUGUGUCUAUGCAUGUACGUAUGUGUGUGAUUAUGUGUAUUUGUAUUGUUUUGUAUGCCUGUGUACUUGUGUGACUGCGAGAGAUGUAGUGUUGGUAUGUUGUAAGUUAUUUUUGUAGGACACAAUCUAAUCCAAAAAUGGGAUGCAUCAUCUAACCAUGGAAGCUACCUCUUCAACUGUAGUGGCUGCCAGUAGGGAGUAGUACAUGUGGUCGUGUUUUUGUGUAUUUUGCCGGUAUGAUUGCUUGCGCUGUAAAUACAUCUAGUUGUACAUUCUCACUGAAUGAGUCACACAUUAGUUUGUACUGGGAGAAAAUUAAAUACUGUAUACAGAAAUGUUUGUAAACCAAACUAUAUAAACUGAUUCGCUUUAAAGAUGGGAGUGCUUGUUCUUUUUUAAACCUUUCCUGUUGAGUUGAUGAGUUGCAUGUGUUGUGUUUGGAGGAGAGCAUGCCAAG